AUGAUGAAGUGGUGCUCGGUCAAAGCCGAGAUGAUUGCCGAUCCCAGUCGACCAAGCAUGAGCCUCGCUACAACCCUCCAACUCGUCGACAGCAUCUGUCAGGCAGUGACAAAUCCGGAGACUGUCCUGAAGUUCAACGCAAAGCCACCAGGGCUCACGGCUGCGCCCAAGAACGGACGCAUCACCAUGCUCUUGGAGAUCUCCCAGCGCUUCCCCCAACUCAUCGAGGCAAUGAGACUGCUAGCGGGCCACUCGUGCCUCACACUACUCAAUGCCCAAGUGAAGUACGAAUCCAUGAUGAGAUCCCCAGCGGUUCAAGAGCUCCAUCAGGCUUUCUUCUCAGGCAAGGGUGCAGCCAAGGGAAAGGGCCAGAACAGGAAAGGCCAGGGCAGAGGACACUCAGCUGCAGAGCAGGAAUCACAGCUGCUGGCUCAUCCAGACCAUGCCACGCAUCACCAUCCCGCUCUGAGGCUUCCGAGCGAGACAGUAGGGUCAGGUCUUCCUGCUGGAGGCUUCCGUCUGGCACAUACCUCAGUCCACCAGCUGUUGUCAUCUCCCACAUCUCCAAGCUUGAAGUCUGGACGCAUUGCCUGGACUUCCGGCAGCAGCUUGCUGUCCAGCCCUACAGCCCUGCAGCCAACAUGGGAGGGUACAGCAGGGGCAGAGGUGGCAAACAGCAGCCAGAGGAGCGAGAGCAGGGGACACAAGAGGGAAGCACAGGUCGUCCUCCAGCCUAUGAGAGAAGACAGGAACCGAAAGCAGGUGUCAGAGUUGCGAGAGCAACUGGCCAAUGUGCAGAGGCAGGUCUCCUGGCUGACUGAGAAGCUGCUUCCAGUGGGUGAGAGAACACCCCCACCAGAUUGGCAGGAUCCGAGGUUGCAUCAGAUGCCAGUCAACCUGGCAGAGCAGGCUGUGCAAGGGAUGCACAAGCAAAGGGAGCAGGAUGCAGCUGCCACGGCUGUGUUGAGCUUCCAGGCACAGCAGCUGGCAAGAAAAUGGGAGGUUGGUAGGCAGCUCAGCAGCCCUGCAGCCCUGCACACAGACCAGAAGAAGGCAGUAGCAGACUCUUCUGGACAAGAGAAGAUGGACACACUGGCAGCAGGGACCCAGAAGGAGAACGAGGAGAUCGCUCGACGAAAGAAAGAACGAGAGGAGCAGAAGGAAGCAGCAAAGGAGAAAGUCAAAUCUUUCGAGAUAGCGCAGGACCAGAAGCGCCAAAGAAUGGAGGCGGAUCGUCUGAAGCCCACACGACAAAUUAGCAUCUUUCUGACUGCCAGGCACAUGAGCUGA